AUGAAUACCGGUGUCACAAGACUCAAGCUUAAUUCAAUUUUCCCAGGAACAACAAAUAUUUUAGUAGUUGGCAUUAUUAUUGCUAAACAAAAUCCUAGAGUAAUAAUAUCAAAAAUAGAUAAUAAAGAAAAAUCUGUCUUUUCAUUUACUGUACGUGAUUCUCCAGAAAAUAUGGUUAAUGUAUCUGUUUGGGGUUCUAAUGAUUAUACUAAACGUUUAUACAAUGAUUUUAAAAUUGGAGAUUUGAUCUAG